AUGAAAACGACGAAGAGGGAAUUUGUAGUAAAAAUCAUCAAAAAAGCAGCUUGCGAUCCAUCGGAAGAGGUCGAUAUCCUUCUGCGUCAUGGACAUCAUCCACAUAUUGUGAAAUUGUUCGAUGUCUAUGAAGAUGAAAUUAAUGUGAACCUCGUGUUGGAGUACUGUAGAGGAGGAGAAAUGUUGGAUAAGUGA